UUUGAUCUCAGCAGGGCUUGUAUUUUAAUCUGCUCUUCCACCUCACUCCGUUCGUCUAUACCUGAUAUGAUUUGUCAUUUGCGGUCGUUUGAUAAAAGGUCCCGUUACCCUCGCAGACGUGGAGUCGCCCUAAUUUCUGUGGUUAAAGUGUCCGCUGAUCAUUGAUCUCUGAUACUGUUAUCAGCUGUUAAUAUAAACAGCGUCCAACUCAAUCACUGUCUCACUGGAAAACCUGAACAUGAUCACAGCAAACCAGCGUCUGCUCGUCCUUCUGCUCGCUCUACUUUUGGCCUUGCAGGUCCAGUCGGCACCCGUAGAUACUGACUGGGCAACUGGACUGAUCCAUCGGGCCAAACGCUCUUUACUAUGGCGAUGGAACACUCUGAAACCCGUGGGUUCUGGAUGCAGAGAUCAUUACGAGUGUGGAACAAACUACUGCAGGAAACACACGUGCUCCUUUAAUAAAGCUCUACAGGCGUAGCUGAGGCGACGUUAUUCUGGCGCCAAAUUCAAAUCAUGGAAAACAAAAUGGCUAAUAUGGACCAUCCCUCGAUUUCUCAAACAUCAGGACCUAAAUAUCAACAUCUAAAAACUGUCAGACCUACACGAAUCUCAAGACUGUAUUCAGGUGAAUCUCUCCUAAUGUCCAGGUCAUAUUAAACUCCAAAAUUAAAAUAAAAUAUAUAUUUAAAAUAGAACGUAUUUCUUUAUUUUGAUUUUGGGGUGAAAUAUGACAAAUUCUUGACAGAUUCACCCCUUCAAAAACUCAGGAACACGUCAAGAACUCCAGUUUCCUCAUCAACCACCAUUACCAGAGUUGUUUCAGUUGUGCAUAUCUUGAUAACAUGUGAAAUAUUAACUUUGCAUGCUUAGUUUCUGAUUCAGAUUCAAUGAGGCCGAUGUUUGAUCUGAUAAAAUACAAACAUAUAUGGCAAAAAAAUAA